UCUGACUGGCAGCGACGCCGGCUCGGCAGUGAGACAGGUGUUUCCAGAUGUCGGCGUGCUGGUCGUUGGCCUGCUGACAUGGAGGCUGAUCGUGAGGCUGAACGCUGCCACGCACACACAGCCUCAACAGGACCAGGAUCAGCUGCAGGACCAGGAUCAGCUGCAGGACCACAAUCAGCUGCAGGACCAGGAUCUGAUGUUUGAGGAGGCCUCUGUGCUCAGGGAGGACGAGGAUGAGGAGGGAAUCAGUAGAAACAGGAUUCUGGUGGAACUGGAGCUGCUGGUUUGUAAAACCAGACAGAUGGUGGGAAACAUGACGACAACCGGAGGAAAGGUUCUGCUGACGGCUCUACUGGGACUCACAGGUAUCAUGUUCCCCUCCCUUUCUUCCCUCCUCUAUCUGCUCUGUUUCCAGGUGUUGUGUACCUGGUGGGCGUGGUCAGGUCAGGUCCCGCCCCUCCUCUUCAGGUGUGUGUCUGUGACGUCACUGCUGUACUCCUCCUCCCACUUCCUGCUGCUGUACUGCUACCAGCUACCCUCACUGCAGGAGGCGUGGCCUCCCAACCGCACCUCUGCCAGCGUUCUGGGCCUGGUGUCGGUGGCCUCGGCGGACUGCGCUGCCCCCUGGAGGCUGCAGGUGAACUCUGAGCUCAGCUGGUUCCACUUCAGCAGCCCUCUGAUGCUGCUGCUGCUCUACCACACAGUGGCCAGUCUGUGGAGGAACCAGCUGAUCGACAGCGGUGGGGGGCAGGAUGUAGAGAGGGCGGAGUCUGUGGUCAGUGGGAGCUGUGAUGUCAUCACCGCCACCAGCAACCUCAGUUGUGAGGUCAGCAGUGACCUCACAGCGGAGAGGAGGAGAGAGCUGUGGAGGACGGCUCAUGAGAGAGACGCGCUGGUGUCAUCGUCCAAUGAAAGCCCUUCUGACUCCUUUGCCCCGCCCACUCAGAGCACUGCCUUGGGAUUGGAUGUUUACUUGACACCUCACUACUCUCUAAGCCAAUCAGGUGAGACUGACUGA